AGCACAUGUUUGGAAACAAACAAAAGCAGCGGCGGCAGCGCGUUCGGUGAGCUGGCCGUAAAAACAGAACCAUGUGUGCGAAGUAAGACGCGUUAAGCGUUUGUGGAUCAUUGAUUCGUAAAGUUCUGAUAAGUUGCCGAGAACACUGCACUAUGGCAACUGCUGUGACACUAUCCGUAGCUGUGUGGGAAUACGUCCGAUUCUCGGGAACAUGGACGGCGUACCCGCCGGAGGCUUGCGAAAAGCUUGAGCGCGCCAGGAUAAAGUCGGAAAGCAAGGAUGAAACGAAAGUACCCAUUGACAUCGCAUGCAGAGGUGUGAAAGCUCACUUCGUCGAUGUCGUGAAGAUGCAGCAAGUCUUCGGCGACGAGCAGGAUCACUGUUCUGCUUCGCCAGUACGAAGAAACCUUUAUCCCCUUGAUAGUGCUCCGGCGAAAGGUGUCAACUGGGAAUGGCGGACAAACAGCGGAAAGUGGUACCCUUACAGCGUGCAUCUUUCUUGCCUCAUUGAAAAAGCCAAGGAGCACGGAUUGCCCAAGAUUAACUUGCAAGACCACUAUCCCGAAUGCAUAUACACUGUGGAGUUCGCAAGCAUGCAUCAAAGGAACAAUUUUACAAGUUUCUGCCGUGUCAUUCGAAGAGUUGAAGGAAAAAGUUACCCGUUGGCACCCGACGCCGUCACGUGUCCUGGAGUUGACCUGAGUGUCCCUGAAAGGAAACCAAAGCCAGCGGAACUGAUGCCGCCUGUGAGCGACGACUCAUCUGAUGUUACAGUAGUGGCAGAGAUUUUACCCAAGAAACGCAGGGGACGAAAAAGCAGCCAUACAGUUUCUGUCGCUGGAAUCCCGUGUACAUCAGAAGGUGUAUCAAACAAGAGCCUCAAAACAGAAGGCCCUAAUGAUCUUGAUGGCAUAAAGCUACCUGACAGCUCAUGGACGGAUCCCAAGAAAGAACCUCUUGCGCCUGAGGAGUUCCUUGAAAAGCACACGGUUGAUGUCAUAGAUACAAUUCCAACGGAGGAUUGCAGCAUCUGUUGUGAACCACUGGUUGCCUCCUCAUCGUACAACAGCAGCGGCAGGGUGGUUCGCUUGGCCCACUGUAGCCAUCAUUUCCAUUAUGCCUGCCUUGCAGCAAUGUAUAAGAGCAAUGCAAAGGCGAGCUACCUGCAGUGCCCUGUGUGCAAGGCCAUUUAUGGAGUGAAGCGAGGCAACCAGCCACCGGGUAUCAUGAACUUCCAGGUGUUGCCGUUCGCGCUUCCUGGCUAUGAAGGCUGUGGUACCAUUCAAAUAACAUACCACAUCCCUGCUGGAAUUCAAGGGCCUGAGCACCCACGACCCGGCAUGCCUUACACUGCAAGAGGAUUCCCUAGGCAUGGAUACCUGCCUAACAAUGAUCAAGGCCGGCGGGCACUGAAGCUGCUGGUGGACGCCUGGGAUCGGAGGCUCAUCUUCACCAUUGGCCAGUCGACCACCACGGGAGAGCUGGACACCGUGACGUGGAAUGAGAUUCACCACAAGACCGAGUGUGGCUCCAACCACACAGGGCACGGUUAUCCAGACCCUUCUUAUCUAGAAAACCUCCUUGCCGAGCUUCGAGUGCACGGAGUCACCGACUAGAAAGCGUCCAAAUGCCUCCAGUCUUAUCUUGACACACCAGCACACAGCACUUGUCCACCAAAGUCCUGCUGCAUCGUUGGAACAUCAUGAAGCAUACUUUUACCGUAAAUUUUAUUUCUGUUGUUAGUUUUUAAUGCUUUAAACAAAGAGCAAAGGCAAAACGAUAACCAUAAGCAUGUCCAGAUUGCUAGCCUGCACAGAAGGAAGGGAAUAUGUAAAGAGACUUGCAGAUGAUAAUGGCUGUUGCUCAAGAGACGUGCAUGCAGAAACAAAAGCAGUAUUUUUAGGAAUGCUUGCUCCGCUCUUUUAUAGUUACCAUUGACACAUUUUCUUGAUCUCCAAUAAAGAGGUGUUGUGGAAAGUGC